GAACAGCUGACACCAAACGAUCCAAGCACGUUAAGCAAGCCCAACCAAGAUGCGUAUUCUGCUCGUCCUCUCCGUUGUCCUGGCCGUGAUCCUCGGCUGCCACGCCUACAGCGCCACCUGGGGGCGCAGGAACAGCAACGACUACCUGCUGUCCCGCACCGUGGAGGCCCGCAACCCGAUCAAGAACAACUACUGGAACGUGAACGUGAACUACCCCAGUGGAUACUACAACAUCUCGGCGGUGGUCGUCUACGACAACUUCAAGAACAACUCCGGCGCGAACCCCAGCCUCUACUCCGGCGGCCCGGGCUACCGCUUCUGCACCGUCAACCUGCGCGGCCAGGUCAACCGGGGCAUCAACUCCACCGUCGAGAUCUGGGGACGUUAAGUGCUCGAACGAAUCUGCCAUGAACGAAUAAACACGCACGAAAUUCUAUUGAAAAA